UAUGUGCAGCGUGUCCCGACCUGCAGCAGGAGAGGAGUUAAAAGCCGACAGCUCGAGGAGCUGGAUGAGUUUUUUUGUCAUUUCCAGCUCAGAGGAGAUUUGACACUGAUCUGAUUUUUGAGGAUUCACACACACGACAUGAGGAGCAGCAGCAGCUGGAUUUCACUCUGCGCGGUUUUGGCUGCGGUUUGUGCCGUCCAGGCCACAUACACACAUUACUCGACAGUACGGUGUGACUGUAAUGGGAGGUCUCGGUACUGCCUCCGGGACGCCUGGGGUCUACACUGCGUCGACUGUCAGGGAAACACCGAGGGCCGCCACUGUGAGCGCUGCAAGGACGGCUACUACCUGCAGGGGGCGGGACUGAGCUGCACGCCCUGCGGCUGCAACCCCACAGGUUCUGUCAGUGCGACAUGUGACAGCAGGGGGCGCUGCAGCUGUAAAGAAGGUGUAACAGGAGAGAAAUGUGACCGAUGUGCAGACGGACCGAUCGGACCGAACGGCUGCACACAGAGUCGUCAGCCCAGAGAGGAUUCUGGGAGUCUGAGUCUGCCAUGUUUCUGUUACGGCCACAGCAGCACGUGUUCUCCACAGUCCGGUUACUCCGUCCACAACAUCACCUCCACCUUCACCACCGGUCCGGAGGGUUGGAAGGUGGCGACAAGUCACGGCGUCACUCCUGAUGAUGUUCACUUCAGAUGGUCACCGACACACCAGGACCUGGAGGUGAUCUCCAAAAACAGCCUGCCCAUUUAUCUGUAUGCCCCAGCUCCUUACCUGGGGAACCAGUUGCUGAGUUAUGGUCAGAACUUUUCCUUCUCCCUACGUCUGGAUCGAGGUGUCCGACACCCGUCCGCCAAUGAUGUGAUCUUGGAAGGCGCCGGCCUCAGAGUAUCGGCCUCUCUGGGCGACCUGCUGUCCAUCGUCCCCUGUGGACAGAAAAUCAAAUACAGCUUCAGACUGGACGAGCAGCCUGGCAGCAGGUGGAGUCCUCAGCUCUCCUCCCUCCACUUCCAGACGCUCCUCCAGAAUCUCACCGCCAUCAAGAUCCGGGCAACAUUCGGUGACAAAGGACGUGGUUACCUUGAUAAUGUGCAGCUGGUGUCAGCGCAGCGUGGGGAUGGCGUCCCGGCCCGCUGGGUUCAGACCUGCAGCUGCCCUUCAGGAUACGAGGGCGAGUUCUGCGAGCAAUGUGCAGCAGGUUUCAAACGCAGGAACCCUGCGGACGGAGCCUUCAGCCCCUGCGAGCCCUGCAGCUGCAGAGGAGGUAGCUGUGACCCUCAGACCGGAGACUGCUACUCUGCUGAUGAGACGCCCGGAGACCGAAGCUGCUCUGAGGGGUUUUACCGAGACCCUUGGCAGCCCCAGACCUGUAAGAAGUGUCCCUGUCCAGAGGGAGUGUCCUGCUCUGUGGCUGCUGGCUCACUGGAGCCUCGGUGUGACAACUGUCCAACCGGAACCACCGGUCCUCGCUGUGACGUUUGUCAGGAGGGGUUUUAUGGCGACCCUGCAGGAGCUGCUGGACUGCGACGCCCCUGCAGACCCUGUCAGUGCAACGGCCACAUUGACGUCAGCGUGGUGGGAAGCUGCGAUCGCAUCAGCGGCAAAUGUCUGAAAUGUCUGAACAACACAAAAGGACAGAAUUGUGAGGAUUGUCUGAGAGGUUUCUAUCACAGACGACUCACCGACGCCUGCAAACCCUGCGACUGUGACCUUCAGGGCUCUGAGUCCAGACAGUGCGAUGAUUCUGGUCGCUGUCAGUGCAAACCAGGCUUCGAGGGUCUGAGGUGUCAACGAUCCAACUGCCCCGCCUGUUUCAGCCCCAUCAAGGCAAAGAUGGGGGAUUACACCACACAGCUGAAGAAGCUGGAGACUCUGUUUGCAGACAUGGACAAAGGUUUGACACCAACCACCAGCGCUCAGAUGGAGGCCACUCUGAGGGCCACCGAGCAGCUGGUGAAGGACCUGCACGACAACACUGAGCAGCUCAGAGAUUUGGAGAAGAGCCUGCAAGGUCGUCUGUCGUCCAUCAGCAGGAGUCAGCUGGCCGAGGAACAGGACAUCCAAAACAUCGCAGACACAGCCGACGACAUCAAGCAGCGACAAAAAACGUACAAGAUGGAGGUGGAAGAUGUCCAGACUCUGAUGGCGGAGAUGAAACGCAAACUGGAGGAGGCCAAGACCAAACUCAGAUCAGCUGAGCUUCCUCUUGGAGAUGCACCACUGGGUUCAAACUUCCUGUCUUCGUUGGUGCAGACAGCUACCAGCCUUGCUGAUACACAUCAGACAGAUGCCACUGCCGUAGAGCGAACAGCCAACAAAGCUCUGAGUGACUCGGAGAAGAGUCUGGCUUUGGUCCGAGCUCUCAUGAACAAAGAGAACAAAGUCAAAGAGGUGAUCGGAGAUCUGAAAACUAUGUACGAUCAGACUUCAGCCCGGGUGAAGGGUUUGGAGAACCAGGCGAUCCGCCUGAGUGGUGAGGCCAGAGAUGAGAGCAAAAUGUCGGAAGGCAUGUUGAAAAACAUCGCCACCAUGGAGCGAAACCUCCCAACGUCCCUGAAGGGGGAGAUGGACGCAAUGGUUACGAGGUUGGAUGGUCUGAAUGGGUUGGCGGAAGAUAACAUCUUAGGCUUCGAGGUGCUGCAGCGUGGUGUGCAGGCAGACAAGGCCGUCACUGAGGACCUGCUGGCCAAGGGCAAGGCUGCCCAGAAGGAGUUCAACAAGCUGCUGGACAGAGUCAACGUUGCCAAGGCCGACACUGAGGGCGCUCUGAAACUCAUCAACAGCAACACCAAGGACCUGGACGACGCCCUGAACACCCUGAGAGGGUUCGACCAGCAGAUCGACAUCAGCAGAGCUGAUGCUGACAGUGCCAUCAAGCGUCUUCCUGGCAUCAACACCACCAUCCAGCAGGCUGUCGGCAGCAAUGCUAAGAUGCUGUCCAUCUUGGAAGACAUGUCCGAUAAUUACAACAACGCUCUUGGAACCAUCAAUGAGCUGGAGGGCCUGGUCAACGGUCUGGAGGGAUCAUUUGGAGCGCUGCCGUCUUACAGCGGUCUGGUUAAUGAAGCCACCAAAUUGAACAAGGAGGCUCAGGAUCUGAGGACGAAGGCUGACGAUUUAACUGGAGACCUGGAGUUUGAGCUGGACAGCGCCAGGAGGCUGGAGGUCGAUGCUGAGCAGGCUGCUGCUGGAGCCGCUGCAGCUUUCAACAACGCCAGACACACCAGAGACGCUGUGGGAAAAACACUACGUGACAUCAACAGUAUGCUGGCUAACAUGAACCAGCCUGGUGUUGCUGUGGAUGAGAAUGCGGUGAAGCAGCUGGAGGACUCUCUGGCCGGUGCUCAGAGAGAAGUGGAGGGUCGUCUGAAGCCCCGGCUCAGGGACAUGGAGCAGCAGGAAGUCGCCAUGAUUCUACGGCUGUCCGACAUCAACGUGGACAUUGACACCCUCCUGGGAGACAUCGCUAACCUGGAGGACAUCCUGAAGACCAUCCCCAGGGGCUGCUACAACAGCCCCCCCAUUGAGGAGGCCUGAGGACCUGAGUCCAGAUCCGCAGUAAAAAUCUACCACUUGAACAAUGACCAUAUGAGCAUCUUUCUGAAACACCUGCUACACAUGAAAAACAGGAUGAACUAAUGUAAAGAAUUCAAUAUAAGAAAGUUAUCAAAAGGAACAAAAUCCCAUUUCAUUUUUCUGUUUUCUAAAUGUUCAAACCUGUCGCUUUCUGGUGAGUUUUUAAGGUUUAAACAUAUUUUGAGGCUGAGAAGCAGAAGAACUUUCUCUUCAUCCUUCAUUGGCUCUGAAAAAGUUAAACCUGAAGAGACACGAUGUGACUGGGUUUUACUUUGUUUUUCUAUUUCUGUUUGGUACCACAGAACCAGAUUACCUUAAAGCAGUUUUAUGUUGGAGGAAAGGUUUUUUGAAAAGAAAAACUAAAACUACAGAAACUUUGACUGCAAAUGAUUUUUUAAAAAAUCUAAAACAUGAAAACAUAAUUUUUGUAUCAUUGCACUUAACAACUACAAUACCUUUUUUUUCUUUAAUAAAAGAAUAGCAACUAACUAACCUGAUGAGUGGAUGGAUACUGGAUAACUUUAUUUUUUGUGUUGAUAUAUUUCUGAUGAUGAUGUGAUGUGUGAAUGUCUAUUUAUAACUGUACAUACAGUUUCAGUUUCUGAAUUCAGUGUUUUUAUUUGUUGUUGAGUCUUUCAUGUGUCUGACCAGCAAAAAUAUUUAUAUGUAUCUUUUCUUUUUUCACAUAAAAGCUGCUGCACUUUCUCCUGAUUUACAA